AUACACCAGAGCGUGUGUCAUGCUGACGUCUCGCUAACUUCUCUAACAAUAUAAAGGGCAUUUCGUUGUUGAAACAAGAAUUUACCCCGGCAAUUUUGAUAAAACGGACAAGGCGAAACGAUAAUGGAUAUACUUAUGGAUCAUGAGGUAAGCAGAUUUCGCUUAAUGCCAAAACAUUAUAUAGAAUGAACGCUGAGGCGCAUUAUACGAUAUAGCAUACCAACGUGAUAGUUAUUAAACAGCUGAUAUAAAGAUAUUUAGCUUUAGUAGCAGAUGGCUAGAAGUUAAAGCAGGUAUAACUCAGUUAUAAAACACAGUAAUCUAACCGUUUACUUUAUGCAACUUUCGAACGGACUGGCAUUUUCUACCCGGUACAGAAAUUUACAACCGUUAAUCGUUCGCUGACGCCAGUAAACACGAACAAUGUAAAAUCACGCUUCAUUAGCCCCCAUGUUUACAUCUAUUCCAUUUCACUGCAUUUGCAAACUGUUUUUAUUCUAACGUCUAGGGGGCCAACGAUUGGAACACACUAGCCACGCAAAAACACCUCAGUUAAUGUUGUCACUUCAUCAACUUGGAUGAAAUUUAGCACAUUUACUACAGUCGAAAAGUCAACACGCGACGUUUCGAACUUACAAAGCCCUUUGUUAGAGCGAAGCAGGAAUUAAAAAAAAAAAUACUACUUCCGACGGCCGAGCAUAACCUUUGCUUUAUUUCCUUUGAAGGAUGUUUUAACUAAAUAAUAUUCAGGGGCACGCAACGACUACUUUCUGUGAAAUAACUGUUCGAAGGAACACUAUUUCCUAGAAAUUUCCAAAAAUCCAGAAAGGCUAAAAGAUUUUGGAUAAUUGUUCCAUUCGUGUAAGAUAUUUGGAGUUUUUCCAUUAACUUACCUACGAUUUUCCUAGCUUGUAUUUUUCACAUUUUAUUACCAAGAUGUUGCGAUUAUUUUUAAGAAAGGUCGCCCAAUGUAAGGGAAUCUGGAUUCCGGAGUCCUCGAAAUUUUUGCUUGUGGAAUUCGGAAUCUUGGAAAAAUUUGCUGUGGAAUCCGGAGUCCUGGGCUUUGGAAUCCGGAAUACAGCUCAAGAAAUCCAGAAUGCCACUAACGAUUGGAAUCCGGAAUCCAAGUUCCACUGAGAAAGACCGGAAUCCAGUACCCGGAAUCCGGAAUCCGGAAUCCGAGACGUGGAAUUCAGAAUCUAAGAGUGGAUGGCUUGGAUUCCCUUACAUGGGGAGAAAGGUCUCCUAAAAAAACCGGUGUAACGUACCCUGGCAUCUUCCAAUGAAAAUACGGCUACUUCCCGGCCUCUAACAUUUGACCGGACCCACAUUAGCCUGUGCCAGGCUCUCAGAUAGUAUAGUGGGGACGUAUUGAAACGAGCAAAGCGAAAAUAUGACGCGCGCGACUUUUACUGAACGACUUUUCACCACUAUUUUAGCCUGCUCCGUCGCCAACGCCCCCUUUCCCGCGUCUUAUAUUCGCUUUGCUCGUUUUAAUACGUCCCCACUAUACUAUCUGAGAGCCUGGCACAGGCUAGACCCACAUCUGAGCAGGUAACAGUUUCGGAUGAGAAGAAAAAGCCACUUAAAACUUUCGAGAUGACCAAAUUUCCUCCAAGGCAUUUACAUCCGAUCAGAAAAAUAGCUUUUAAUUUAGGGCAGCUCCAGAUUAACCAUACGGGCUUCUAAAGCAUAGAGAAACCAUUUGAGACAUUUCUGACAUAUAUGGAAACAUUCGGUCGUUGGUUGGCCCUGUGUAUUGACUCAGGAUAUGCUAAAUCACCGUAAAAAACUUUAAGGGCCAGCUAUUUAAAUAGAGUUUAGCCAGUGUUUAACAAAACCGCGUUCUAAGCUAUUUUCAGUUUGCCAAAUGCUUUUAUGCACACACCAUUCACCGUGAACAGUUUUAUGAAACCAUAUAGCGCAGACUAGAAACGCAUUUUUCUACUUACAAUAACCCACUAAGGAAGAGAUCUGGAGGUCCAAAGAUUUCCUAAAUCGCGGUCUAAGCUAGACGUCCUUUAAAUAAUCGACCCUAAGUGUCCAGGUUCCAGAGAUUCCGUUUCAUUUCAGGCACCGUGGCUGCCUCUGGUUAGAUGUUACUGAAUCAAAGUCGCUCAACUGUUAACUUGAUUCAAAGGGAAAAAGCGAACAAACAAAAAACAACAACUAUUUUUGUGCCCCAGUGCAAGGUCGAGAACUUGUAUACGGGCACUGUUCGUGAUCAUUUGCGGUCUGGGGAUCAUUUGCAAUACUGUACAGAUUUCGGCUCCACUACGCCGUACAACAUGAAUAGAAAACCAUUAUGCCUAUUUUGGCUGUUUCGGCCGAGCACCACAGAAAAAACAAUAGGUUAUACAACAACUUCGAUUACAUUCGAACAUGUGGUAGAUAACAGAGCUGAGCGACAGUUUACAAAGAAUACUGUCAGAGGGGAGGCCGGAAUAUACCAACCGGAAAAAAAACCCGUAGGGAAAAAACUCAACAGGAAAUCUGGGAAGGAUCCAUGGCUCAUGCUCUGAAAAGCCACUUCUACGAAGGUUACACGCCUGGAGGGUCUCUGCCCACAUUUGUUUAGCAUGUAUUCCAACAAGCACGGUCAAUUCGAAAUAAUUAUUCGAAACGAAAACAAGUAAAACCCUCGCGAAAGCGAACUGUCACUAAUAAAUCAAAUAUAUACUAACAGUAAAUAAAUAAAAAAUAACGUGGGCUAGACGAGGUGUCCGCCUAGAAUGUUUUCCCACGUGAUAAGCAUCCCUUUUAUAGCACUCCAUUCUACCCAUACUGCACUUCAACUGAAACCGUCCCAGUAGUAUGGUGUAUGGGGGUACGAGCGCAUUUUCCAUAUUUUGGAUUUGACCUUGGGAUCCGACCACCUGGCCACGAGAGUAAACUCAUUUUUAUUGUACAAUUUUGGAGAAAUUGUAAAUGCAGAGACUAGGAAUGUGCUCAAAUAACUUGAACUACUUGCAAAAUAAGACAUCACGUCUUCACCACAUUCGACGCACGUAUAAGAAACGUAAAAUGUAAAAAUAAAAAUGCUCUAGAAGUUUUAAAACGUUUUUAAAAAGUUUUUUUUUUUAAAUUUCUAGAGCAUUUUAUUUUUACAUUUUACAUUUCUUAAACGUGCGUCGAAUGUGGUAAAGACGUGAUGUCUUAUUUCGCACGUAGUUCAAGUUAUUAUAUAAUUAGAUUACAUGAAUACUGAAUAAAACCGACAGUUGAACUGACAGUUGAACUGGUAGUUGAACUGUUGGUUUUAUACAGUAUUUGUGUCACCUAAUUAUAUAAAAAAAUGAGUUUACUCAAGUGGCCAGGUGGUCUGAUCCCAAGGUCAAAUGCAAAAUAUGGAAAAUGUGCUCAUACCCCCAUAUACUAUACUACUCGCCCCAGUCCCCACUGCUCCCGUGGCACAGAAAAAUUUCUUUUCCGGCUAAUUCGUAUCCACUCAAACGCCGAAAAUUCUAUUUUACGUAAAGAACAAAACCGUCAGACCUGACCAGUGCUGUCGUAAUAUUUCUAAUUCAUUAAUAAGACGCAAUAAGUCAGUAUUUUUCGAUGUAUCAAAUUAGCUUCAAAUGAAUGAAAAUAAAAAAUAUCACUUUGGCAAAAACACCUGAGAAAAUAACAAAGAGGGUUACGGCAAGUGACAAAGAAUGAAGGACCGAUUAUGUAUUUGAAGGAUAUUGUACACUGCUUACAAAAAAAAGGAAAAUUAAGACGUAGGCGAGGUGAACCUCCUUCAAGUCAACAAAACUGACGGUUUGUUCUAAACCACUGCAUUGUAACAGCUAUCUCCACCUUUAGAAUGUACUGAGUAACAAAGAAAUUCGGCUAAAAUUUUUAUGUCUUUCUUCAUGUUUUGAGUUAGACAACGGCUACUCGAAUAACUCGCUUGAAUUAAGUUCGACGUCUGAAACCAAGUCGUGCAAGAGUAGUGCUACAAUCGAGCCAGCUUAGAUGGUUAAUAGCAAGACUUAUGAAAUAUUAUACUCUCUUGUACUUUCUUUUAUUUUUCCAUUUAUUAUUUAUUUAUUUAUUGUUUUGCUUUCCCCUGAUGCAGGAACCGAGACUUAAUGCGGCAAAAAUAUUAAUUGCAGAUCAAGAUCGGAAAAAUCUUUCUCAUCACCCAGCGAAAAAACGUCGUGGUACAUUUCUGUUCCCAGAACCAACUGGCCCUCACCCUCAACGCAGGAAAAAUCACGAUAGUUCCAGUGCCUCCUCAUGCGUCACUACAACAAAGAAAUUUACUUUCGAAGAACUGCAGAGACUUCUUUUCACUAAAAACGACAUUCAAGAGAUCAGUGUCAAGCGUCCAGUGGAAUCACGGCAAAAUGAGUGCUUUUGUGAGUAUAUAAUAGAGACCUUUAGAUUCCAGGACGAGGACGACUUCGAGUACGAGAUUUGACUUCACGUUUUUUCGCGUAUUCUGAAAUUAUAGACUCCCCGGAAAGCUUCAUUUUCCCAUUUUUCACUAGAAAUGUUAGCACUGUUACCUUUAGUAAAGGAGGUUACACCCUCUCGCGAUCGCAAAAUGAUAAAACUUUUAACAUUUGAUAACUUGUUUGUGCCACUUCGACAUUCUCGCUAAAACUCGUAGUAGAAUGACGACGGCUACCACAUUUUCCCGCCAAAAUGACGCUGGUUCACGCGCCAGCACUACGUAGUAUUGAGAAAAUCUCGUACUCGUAGUCGUUCUCGUCUUAGGAUCUAAAGGUCUCUAAUACCCGACCGGGACAUUUAACUGCCUUAGUUAGUUUCCACCAGUGAUAGAGAGAGGGCAGCGCAAAUGAGAGAGCAUCUUAAAUUUAACGGCAAGGUGAAAAACAUUACCUGAUCUGGGAACACCUCUGGUUUUCGAACGCCAUUUUGAAAAAUGUGAAUUUCUUCCCUUUUUUGUGCUUACCGAAUGGAACUAUGGGUAGAAACACCAAGUCAAACCGAACAAAUAACGAGCAAAGCCGGUGGGAAUACGAAAUUAUCCGAUUUUUGAAAUGGCCGCCAUGAUGUGAAAUAACAAGGUAGUUAGCAGUGGGAAAAGGGGGUGUAUACAGUCCCGCACACAAGUCUUUCCUUGGAACGACGAGUCCUAUCUGAAUACAAUCGAUUUCGCCACUUCGCCUACUCUAGAAUUAUGAACUAACAAUCGAUUUCGCCACUUCGCCUACUCUAGAAUUAAGAACUAACAAUCGAUUUCGCCACUUCGCCUACUCUAGAAUUAUGAACUAGAGGUUAAAAAUUGUAAGUAUAAUGUGGCGAGCAGAUGCUGGGCAGUGAAACAUCAUCUGAGAAACGAUGAACUAACAUAUACGUUUUGCUAAUUAUAAACCCUUUUAUAUGGCCGAUUUAUUGUUGUGAAUAAACGACUUCAAGGGAGCGCCAAAAUCACCAGUUCUUUGUGAUUUGGGUCUUUAUUGGCCAGUUUCAAUCAUACCAAAAUAAUUUGAAACUGUUUGUGCGCGCCACAGGACACAGCGACAGGACACCCAAGGAACCAAGGAGACCCAAAGAUUAGGCUGCUGCUCGCCUGGAGGCGCGCAGCCAUUACUCUGAUCAUAAUGGUAUUUCAAUUGUUUCAGGGUGUGAUGCCACUAAGACAAAUCCAAACUUUCAAUGUCCCAUGCAUAAGCAUGACAAUGCAGUCGUGAAGAAGACAUCACAGUUACCACUGGCUCUGAGAUCACUUCCGCCGGAAGUUGGUUUGUGUACCUCCACUAUCCCCGGGCAGGAAUGUGGUAUUUGCGCCAAGCGAAAGAUUCCUGUUGGUGCGUGGAUUGGCCCUUAUGAAGGAAAAUUUUUGAAGCCGAAAGAGCUGUCUUCAACGACCGAUACAUCAUAUAUGUGGGAGGUAUGUUCACGAAAGAGUGGUUAUUUCAGUAUUUUGCAAAAAAAAGUUUAUUUUGAGAUGCGACUCUUCAGUUAAAAAUAAAAGAGGUCGAUAAUAUGUGACAAGCGCUAAGGGUGGACUAUUUAACGAGCAGUAGGAGACUUCAUCAUCUAUCACAACAAAGCCGUAGAAUUUUAAUAGCAUAUUGUAUAAAUCUAUUUUUGUUUGGUGUACACUACCCUCUCUACCACCAGAACCUCUCUUACGUAAUCGAGAAAGACUCCGCUUGAAUCUUUUUUGAGCUUGCGUCUUCAAAGACUUCACUCGAUUCAGACAGAGCCUCCUUUUCUCCUGCUUACGGGGGGGAGGUGGGGGGGGGGGGGGGGUGGUACAAAAAACAUCAAAAAAAAUAACCGGUUCCAAUCCAUUAAUUUUUAAAAUUUUUCAAAUUGUUGUCCGCAAGGUUAAUUUUGUGGGAGGGAUUGUAAACCUACAAACUGGGUGUGAUUUAUUUGUUCUGAUCGACACAAAAAGGAACAAAAUCUAUUUGCGUUUCAGUACUUGGGCAGAAUAUUCUAUCGUGCAUUCAAGGAUAUUCUACCUGGAGAAGAAAUGCUAG